AUGAGUAUACAUGCUGCACUCUUAGCCUCUCCUAAAUCAAAUCAAUCUCAUGAAGAAGUGGAUUUCCCUCGAAAUGACUCGCUGCCAAGCGAACCAAGAGGAGCCGAGAAAGAGGUCGAAGAGGUAAAAUGGACUGCCAAAAAUAUGUCCCAGCCAAGAGGUAUGAAUGACGUGACUUCAUCAAAUGAGCGUCGACCUACAUAUAUCGGUUAUAUCAAAACUCCCGCGGAUGCGAUUUUACUGUUGGCUGCUUGCGAUCUACCGGAUAAUGUGGCAAAUCCAAAACUGGGUCCUCCCCCUCGCCGUAUAUCACGUCGUCUGCUUGAUGACGAACGUGCCGCGUUUAUUCGUUCCGGUGCUAUUUUUGUAUGGGAUGAACGCGAAGCUGGCAUGCGACGCUGGACAGAUGGUCGUUGCUGGAGUGCAAGUCGCGUCAGUGGAUGCUUUCUAACCUAUCGUGAACUGGAGAUGAGAAAAAAGACUUCGGAUAGUCUUGGUAAGGAUGCACCACGAAGCAAUUUGUACAAGUCUGAUGGACUCGUAAAGCAAUCCUUCAGUAUUCGAACCUCGUCGAACCGCAAACUUCAUGUGAUUUCGUAUUAUAAUAAGGACGAUAUCAAGAUGGGAUACUUGCAGCGUGUUAGCAAGGACCCAAGAAUCAUGGGUACCGGACCAGAUUCUUGGAAUGUGCAAAUCGACGAAAAUGAAUACGGAGAGCUACUCAGUCGUGAAGCAAGUUAUGUUACUAAACGUUUAAUGAGCCCCCAGGUUCCUGCAGAAAUGCCAAUGGAAAAAGUGCCCGUUAAACGAAGAGCUUCAGAGAAAGAAGCCCUGAUCGUGAGUGAGCGUGAUAUGCCGCCUAGUCCUGAAUUUUCUCGGGCGCAUUACCCUCCUCGCCUGACAUACCCACCACCUUCAGACUAUCAUUAUGGACGACCGCAUCUUGCACAUACAUACUUGGAUGAGAGCAGCAAAAGAUGUCGUUAUGAGAAACCUUCUUUGUCCUCUCAUUCCUAUUACCAUGUACCUAGGGGAUGGAUCUCUCCGUAUGACACACCCUUAUGCUUAUCACCCGUCACGCCACCGACAAUGGACUCGAAGAAUUUUUUUGCCAAUGUGCAUAAUACGCACUGCCCUCCUGUUUCUUAUGUGAACAGGGCGGAUCGCUUCAUUGAUAGGCCUAUUCUGCCUGCGAUCCAAAGCAGUGUUCCGCGAGCGUCUGAAGCAGAACGAGGGACAUUAGAGGCUUUGGCUAGUCUUCGUGCUGAUACCAAAGUACCACCUGUAUCGACGCUGGAUCGUUCGGCUAAUUACCAUCUAACCAUGCCGUCCUUCCCUGCAUCGCGACUGCGCGCACGGCCUGCCCCUGCACCGGUGGCAGACCGUCAUACCCUUCAAAAAACAAGUGUUCCCUUGCAUGUUGGAAAUGCAUUAAUAUAG